UGUUUGCUGCAUCCUUACCUCAAGUGUUUGCUGCAUCCUUACCUCAAGUGUUUGUUGCAUCCUUACCUCAAGUGUUUGUUGCAUCCUUACCUCAAGUGUUUGUUGCAUCCUUACCUCAAGUGUUUGUUGCAUCCUUACCUCAAGUGUUUGUUGCAUCCUUACCUCAAGUGUUUGCUGCAUCCUUACCUCAAGUGUUUGUUGCAUCCUUACCUCAAGUGUUUGUUGCAUCCUUACCUCAAGUGUUUGUUGCAUCCUUACCUCAAGUGUUUGUUGCAUCCUUACCUCAAGUGUUUGUUGCAUCCUUACCUCAAGUGUUUGUUGCAUCCUUACCUCAAGUGUUUGUUGCAUCCUUACCUCAAGUGUUUGUUGCAUCCUUACCUCAAGUGUUUGCUGCAUCCUUACCUCAAGUGUUUGUUGCAUCCUUACCUCAAGUGUUUGUUGCAUCCUUACCUCAAGUGUUUGUUGCAUCCUUACCUCAAGUGUUUGUUGCAUCCUUACCUCAAGUGUUUGUUGCAUCCUUACCUCAAGUGUUUGUUGCAUCCUUACCUCAAGUGUUUGUUGCAUCCUUACCUCAAGUGUUUGUUGCAUCCUUACCUCAAGUGUUUGUUGCAUCCUUACCUCAAGUGUUUGUUGCAUCCUUACCUCAAGUGUUUGUUGCAUCCUUACCUCAAGUGUUUGUUGCAUCCUUACCUCAAGUGUUUGUUGCAUCCUUACCUCAAGUGUUUGUUGCAUCCUUACCUCAAGUGUUUGUUGCAUCCUUACCUCAAGUGUUUGUUGCAUCCUUACCUCAAGUGUUUGUUGCAUCCUUACCUCAAGUGUUUGUUGCAUCCUUACCUCAAGUGUUUGUUGCAUCCUUACCUCAAGUGUUUGUUGCAUCCUUACCUCAAGUGUUUGUUGCAUCCUUACCUCAAGUGUUUGUUGCAUCCUUACCUCAAGUGUUUGUUGCAUCCUUACCUCAAGUGUUUGUUGCAUCCUUACCUCAAGUGUUUGUUGCAUCCUUACCUCAAGUGUUUGUUGCAUCCUUACCUCAAGUGUUUGUUGCAUCCUUACCUCAAGUGUUUGUUGCAUCCUUACCUCAAGUGUUUGUUGCAUCCUUACCUCAAGUGUUUGUUGCAUCCUUAGGUGUUGAGAUUAAAAAAGAAGAAGAUUAA